CCUCCCUCGCUUCCCAGUGUGUUUCCAGGUCCAACAGAACAGUACAGAACAGAACACAAUCCCUCCUAGCAUGGCGCUCUAAGGACGCGCUUCGACCCUCUUUAACUUCAACUUCCGCUUUAACUUCAACGUGGACGAACCGGAGAACACAUUUAAACCACCGGCAAAGUGGAUAUAAUAGAACUCGCUUGUUGAUUGUUGAAAAUUUUAAAGGGGGGAGUAGAGUAAUAGUAGUAGUAGUGGGGAGAAGCUCGCUAACAAGUAACGCUAGCCACAAUUGGGAGAUAAAGCACGCAAGAGGUUCACGAAAAGCACAUGCAAAGGGCCAUGGCCGUAACCGAGGCAUGGGAAUGACGUGACGCGAGUCAAGCAGGCGUCAUGUUUUUCUGCUGAAGCUGUCACCACGGAGCGCUGGCGACAAUGGACGAGUCGAUGCUGUUGGAUCUGCUGGAGUGUCCCGUGUGCCUGGAGCGUCUGGACGCGUCGGCCAAGGUCCUGCCGUGUCAGCACACCUUCUGCCGACGCUGCCUGCAGGGUAUAGUGGGCUCCCGCGGUGAGCUGCGCUGCCCGGAGUGCCGCACGUUGGUGGAAUGCGCCGUGGACGAGCUGCCCAGCAACAUCCUGCUAGUGCGCCUGCUUGACGGCAUCAAACAGAGGCCGCGUCGGGCCGCGCCUGUUGCCGCCAAUGGCGCGGCCGGAGCAGCGGCUCGUCCGCACGCCGCCGGAAACCGCAACGAACAGGGGGUGCCCGGAGCGCAACCCCAGCGGGCUCAGGUGAAGAGCUCUCUUGUGCGGGGAGUCCCACAGCUGCCGUGCGCCAAGGCGCUCUACAACUAUGACGGCAAGGAACCGGGCGACCUCAAGUUCAGCAAGGGCGACGUCAUCAUCCUGCGUCGACAAGUGGACGAGAACUGGUACCACGGCGAGAUGGGCGGCGUGCACGGCUUCUUCCCCACUAACUUUGUGCAAAUCAUCAAGCCGCUGCCGCAGCCGCCCCCACAAUGCAAGGCGCUCUACGACUUUGAGCUCAAGGACAAGGAGGCCGACAAGGACUGCCUGCCGUUUGCCAAGGAUGACAUUCUGACUGUGAUCCGCCGGGUGGACGAGAACUGGGCAGAGGGAAUGCUGGGAGAUAAAAUUGGAAUUUUCCCCAUCUCAUACGUUGAGUUCAACUCGGCAGCCAGGCAACUCAUCGAGUCGGACAAGCCCUCCGAUUCCAACGGCGAAUCGGGCGAGGGGGCUUCCUCGGGUCCCCAGAGCAACGGCGGGCAACGGGACAAGAAGAAUAGCAAAAAACGACAUUCCUUUACCUCCCUCACCAUGUCCCACAAGCCCAUGCUGGCUCCGCCCCCGCAGCGCCACUCCAUGGAGAUCAGCGGCCCGGUUCUCAUCAGCUCCAGUAACCCCACCGCCGCCGCCCGCAUCGGCGAGAUCACAGGGGGGCUGUCCUGCAGCGCACCUUCACAGGUACACAUUUGCACAACCGGACUAAUCGUGACGCCGCCCCCUAGCAGCCCCGUCACCACGGCGACGGUUUUCACGUUUCCUCCAGAGACCAACUACACACCCAUUCCACUGGAUGCGCUCCCGCCGCCGCCUCCUCCUCCGCCGCAGUCGUCCGCCGGAGGCGCCGGGUACUCAUCGGCGGCGGGGCAGAGGCCCUCCCCCAACGUUGGCGACCAGGGUGGCAGACAAAGACCUACAGUCUAUGUGGCCAUGUUCCCCUACGCACCCCGCAAGGAAGACGAGUUGGAGCUGAGGAAGGGCGAGAUGUUCCUGGUGCUGGAGCGAUGUCAGGACGGAUGGUUCAAGGGCACCUCCAUGCACACCGGCAAGAUCGGAGUCUUCCCGGGGAACUACAUGAGUCCGGUCAGCAGGACUGCAUCGGGGAACGGCCAAGCCAAGGUGGCCAUGAGUCUAUGCACGCAGGCGGGCAGAGGCAUCACCAUCGUCAGCCCCUCGUCCGGCCAUCACGGAGCCGUAGCGGCGGGCCCCGACUCGGCCAAACAUCCCGCCGCCGUUCAGCCCGCGGCGGCUCCAGUCACGACGGCUCAGACGGCCACGGGCCAGCAGCCCAAAGCGCCGUUACACGUCAGCUCGCAGAUGACCGUCAAUCAAGCUCGCAACGCCGUCAGGACAGCCGCCUGUCACGGCCAGGAACGACCUACGGCGGCUAUCCCGCCCGUCCACUUGGGCGCCUGCCCGCAGCCGUCCGCCGGCCCCGCUCAGGGAUGCGCUCGGGCGGCCGCGGCAUUGGGGUGUGCCGCCGCCUCACUCACCCCGCCCAAUGUUAGCGCCGCCUCCUUGGAGGGCGAAGGUUUGAGGCCUGUGCCCAUCCUGACAGGGAACGGCGCUGCUCUCAACGCCGCCGCCACCAGCGCCGCCCUGGCGAGCCGCCUGGACAAAGACAUCAAGAGAGAAAAGAAAAGUCUCCUGAAGCUGCUGUCCAAUAAGAAGAAGCCCCGUCAGUCGCCGCCUUCCUCGCCCACACUGGAAGCGGAGCAAGCCGCCGUCGGAGAGUCGGUCCAAGGUGCGGCGGGCCCCGAGGCCUCCCCUCCUUCCGGCCCGGAUCCCGACGCCGCCGUGCCUUCCUCGUCGUCGUCGUCGGACCCCUCCUCCAAUCGGAGGAACGCCGCCCCGGACGGAAACGCUCCUAUUGCUCCGCCUCCUCGCCAGCCUUGCUCUUCGCUGUCAUCAUUGCAGCACGACGCCAGGCCUAUCAUCUGCGAGAGGUACCGCGUGGUGGUGUCGUAUCCACCGCAGAGCGAGGCGGAGCUAGAGCUGAAGGAGGGUGACGUGGUGUUCGUGCACCGUAAACGCGAGGACGGCUGGUUCAAAGGCACGCUGCAGCGCAACGGCCGCACAGGACUCUUCCCCGGCAGCUUCGUGGACAGCAUCUAAGACGAUCCCCACCCCUUACAGGAGCACACACUACUACUUUUUUUUUAUUUAUAGCUGUCAAGUGUGCCUUGUACUUUUCUUCACUUUAUUGUACAUAAGGACACAAAGAUGAUUUAGUCAUGGACAAACAAAAUUCCUGAAUAGAGAUAUACUACUUUUUUUUUUGUCGGGUUGUUUUUAACUUAUUUCAACAAAGACUUUCUUUUCGGGUAGUUCAAAGGGUUGUACUGGCAUGUGUUCUUGGUUGGUGGCCAUUUUGGAACAGAUGGGCAACCUUUAGGGCAUACAAGUGCAUCUCAAUGAAUUAUAGUAUGUCGGAUUAAUGCAUUUAUUUUUGCAAAUGGCGAAAAUCCACAUGCAGCUGAUCCCGCCCAUUCGUAACUCAUUGGCUGCCAUGGACUGCGAUAGAUGUCAAUGGCUCUGAAACAUGAUCAUGCGAUUAGCUUUUGUCUGAAGUUACAAAAACUGUUUAAUGAUGAUUAAUCUAUGUAUACGUGAAUCACAAUUCAUUGAGAUUAAUUGCAGAAAAUGUCAAUUUCGUCUUCCUGAUUUCUUUAAAAUGACAAAAACUAAUCAUGUGAAUGUAUAAGUGAUCAUUCGCUGUCAACCUCUCCCAGUCAAAAUACAGUAGAUUGGACAUCUAUUGCUCUCAGUGGCACUGAAACAUGAUCAUGCAGAAAAAACCACUUGAAGUAACAAAAAGUUUAAUCAGAUGAAUCCAUGAAUUAAUCACGAUCAGGGACGGACUGGGGGGGUGGCCUGUGAGUCAUUGAAAGACCUCAUGGACAGUGUUGGAAGCCAUCCAGCCAGCAAAAGGCUGAGUGAGAAGUCCACUUCUAAUACUCAUUAAGCUUGGCCAGAAUUUAUUCAGAACUGUGGCUUUACAGUACCACAAAAAUGAGAACUGUAACCUGAUUAAAGUAUGGAUGUAGGACUUAAUAUUCAAAUUUUCAAAAUUUUGGUACAGUAAAAAUGCAUAGUUUUGAGUAUGGGAGUAGUCAGAGAGGUCUACUCCUGAUAUUCACCAACCUUGGCCUGAACUUAUUCAGAACUGUGGAUUUACAGUACCACAAAAAUGAGAACUGUAACCUGAUUAAAGUAUGGAUGUAGGACUUUAUAUUCAAAUUUUCAAAAUUUUGGUACAGUAAAAAUGCAUAGUUUUGAGUAUGGGUAUAGUCAGAGAGGUCUACAACCAAUAUUCAACAACCUUGGCCAGAAGUUAUAUAGAACUUUGGAUUUACAGUACUACAAAAAUGAGAACUGUAAAUUGAUCGAAGUAUGCAUGCAGGACUUUUUAUUCAAAUUUUCUGAAUUUUGGUACAGUAAAAAUGCAUAGUUUUGAGUAUGGGAGUAGUCAGAGAUGUCUACUACUAAUAUUCACUCACCUUGGCCAGAAUUUAUUCAGAACUGUGGAUUUACAGUACCACAAAAAUGGGAACUGUAACAAAGUAUCAAAGUAUGCAUGUAGGACUUUUAAUUCAAAUGCAUGGUUUUGAGUAUGAGAGUAGUCAGAGAGGUCCACUACUAAUAUUCACCAUCCUUGGCCAGUACAUUUUCAGAUUUGUGCAUUUACAGUACCACAAAAAUGAGAACUGUAACCUGAUUAAAGUAUGGAUGGAGGACUUUUUAUUCAAAUUUUCUAAAUUUUGGUACAGUAAAAAUGCAUAGUUUUGAGUAUGGGAGUAGUCAGAGAGGUCCACUACUAAUAUUCACCAACCUUGGCCAGUACAUUUUCAGAUUUGUGCAUUUACAGUACCACAAAAAUAAGAACUGUAACCUGAUCAAAGUAUGCAAGUAGGACUUUUAAUUCAAAUUUUCUAAAUUUUGGUACUGUAAAAAUCCAUAGUUUUGAGUAUGGAAGUAGUCACAGAGGUCUACUACUAAUAUUCACUAACCUUGGCCAGAAUUAAUUUAGAGCUGUGGAUUUACAGUACCACAAAAAAAAAAAAACUGCAAAAUGAUCAAAGUAUGCAUGUAGGACUUUUAAUUCAAAUUUUCUAAAUUUUGGUACAGUAAAAAUGCAUAGUUUUGAGUAUGGGAGUAGUCAUAGAGGUCUACUACUGAUAUUCACCAACCUUGGUCAGAACUUAUUCAGAACUGUGGAUUUACGGUACCACAAAAAUGGGAACUGUAAUAAAGUAUCAAAGUAUGCAUGUAGGACUUUUAAUUCAAAUGCAUGGUUUUGAGUAUGAGAGUAGUCAGAGAGGUCCACUACUAAUAUUCACCAUCCUUGGCCAAUACAUUUUCAGAUUUGUGCAUUUACAGUUCCACAAAAAUAAGAACUGCAACCUGAUCAAAGUAUGGAAGUAGGACUUUUAAAUCGAAUUUUCAAAAUUUUGGUACUGUAAAAAUCCAUAGUUUUGAGUAUGGACGUAGUCACAGAGGUCUACUACUAACAUUCACUAACCUUGGCCAGAAUUAAUUUAGAGCUGUGGAUUUACAGUACCACCAAAAAAAAAAACUGCAACAUGAUCAAAGUAUGCAUGUAGGACUUUUAAUUCAAAUGUUCUAAAAUUUGGUAUUGUAAAAAUAGCACAGUUUUGAGUAUGGGAGUAGUCGGAGAGGUCUACUAUUAUUAUCCACUAACCUUGGCCAAAAUUUAUUCAGAACUGUGGAUUUACAGUACCACAAAAAUCAGAACUGUGGCCUGAUCAAAGUUCACAUGGAGGACUUUUAUUUCAUUUUCCCUAAUAUUGGUACAGUAAAAAUGCAUAGUUUUAAGAAUGGGAGUAGUCUGAGAGGUCCACUACUAAUAGUCACCAUCUUUAUCGAGUACGUAAUUCAGAUUUAUACAUUUACAGUGCAACAGAAAUGAGAACUGUAACCUACCAUCGACUAAAAUGACCUGUUGCUCAGGGGAAUCGCAUAACAUUGUGCUGACGUGCCAGCGCGCGUAACACACGUAGAUGGAGCGGUUUUAAGACCAGGCGACUUUAUUUCAUUUUUAAAUGAUGACAAUGGUGGCGUUAUCUAGUUUAGUGUUUUUGAAGCAACACUAGGUAACUUUUCAACCUUUAUAAAAUAUUUUCAUAAUAUUUGUGAUAAUUAGGGUUGUUCCGAUCAUGUUUUUUUGCUCCCGAUCCGAUCCCGAUCGUUUUAGUUUGAGUAUCUGCCGAUCCCGAUAUUUCCCGAUCCGAUUGUUUUUUUUUGUUUUUUUUUUUUGCUCCCGAUUCAA